CUGAGAGUGUAUUUGGUGUUGCUAAGCAAAUAAUAGCUUCUCUGCAGCAUCAAUUGCGUGUAAUUUCUAUAAUACACUUAUCAGUGCCUUUUCUAGGCUUAUCACGUGUAGAUAUAUUUUCAAUCUCGCUUUAGUAUUUAGAUUCCUGAGGGUUCUUUGCUAGAAAGCACCUAGUUUUUUUUUAUUAGCCCUCAAGCAUAACCUCAUUUUGUCCGCUAUCAGUCAGUGUGUUGGAAAGUUUUCUUAUUCUGUGACAACGGGAUAAUUGGCGAAUUUUUUUCACGCUGAAGACCUCCUCCAGUGUUAACAAACUUCCUUAAUGUAGUUAAAAUAUCCCUUUAAAACCCAUGUUGACCCGGACGUCACUUUUUCCGCGAAUUUUAGCGGAAAAUCGCUUGGUUGGUGUUAAAUGUCGUCGAUUUAGUUGCACAACUACCCCAGCAUCCCAUCCAAAUCGUCAUGUUAUUAUUCCUGAAAAGAAAUUUAGCCUCCAGCGAGCAUUGAUUGUGGCAAAAUUGUCUCGCUAUGAGUUUGAAAAACGCCGAUAUCCGGAUCUCAGUACAGCACAACUAGAGGAGAGGAUUCGUGGACGUGGUACUGAUUAUGACUCUCUCAUUCAUUUUAAUGAGAUGCACACUCAAUUCCGGAAAACCGUAGUGGAGGCUUUCAAGCAUUUUGGGGUAGAAGUUAGAGUGGUGGACAGGCAUUCAAUCACCAACGACUCCAUCAACUGGGCCGAUAUGAUUGUUCCUGUAGGUGGUGAUGGUACUUUUCUCAUGGCUGCUUCUAGAGCGGAUUUCAUUAAGGGACCAGUUGGACGAAAAAUUCCUGUAAUGGGCUUUAAUUCUGACCCAGAGUCAUCAGAAGGGCGACUUAUGUUACCCAAAAACUACUCAACAAACACGAAAAGUGCCAUUGAGCGCAUAAUGAAGCAUGAUUUUACGUGGAUGCAUCGUUCACGCAUCAGAAUCACACAUUUAGCAUCCAAUGGAAAUCUUCCCGAGGCAAUUGAUCUCCAUGAGCACAAAGGGAAUAACAUGGAGCAUCUGUGCCUUGAGCCUGAACUUUUGGAUCCAGAAGAACAGGAACUCUAUGAUGCCAAAGUCAAGAGAACCCUUCCGUAUCUCGCCCUAAAUGAGGUUUUUAUUGGCGAAACUCUGUCUGCUCGUGUGUCCCAUUUGCAGUUACGUGUCGAUGGAAAAGUUACAAAUACUAAAUGUUCAGGUUUAUGUGUUUCUACGGGCACUGGUUCAACGUCUUGGCACACGAGUAUUAAUCGUUUGUCGCCUAAAAACGUCGAGGAACUACUGACGAUCCUGCAGCAGGGUAAUCACAUCGGUGGUCAUUUGGAUGCCAAUGUGAUUGCUCAAGAAUACAACAGGCGAUUGGUUUUCCCGCCAGACGAUCCACGCCUCUGCUACUCCAUCCGGGAGGAAAUUCGCGUGGGCGUAUGGCCAAAUCCCAAAGGUGACAUGGAGUCUCGGGCGUUUGCCAGUAAACUCUAUGUCCAAUCCAGAUGCCUAGACGCAAGUCUUGUGAUUGACGGCAGCAUUUCGUAUCCUUUCAAUGAUGGAGCCAAAGUGGUCCUCGAGACACGGCCAGAUGAUGCCCUUCUCACGAUCUCGAUGGAUUAACACCAAAAAAACCUCAAAGUUUUAUGAUGAACGGAACUAUUCCGAGAAAAAGUGCUUUUAUUUGUGGCUAAAUAAAUUAUUUUUCUACUUUAUUGUUUCUCUCUGGA